AAGUGCUUUUCCUGAAAGGUAUUUGAGGUGAGUUUCAGAGUUUAGGUCGAUGAGAAGAAUUGCGCACCGGUAACCCUCUGAUGACCAGCAGGUGGCGCUGCCAAGCAUUUACAGGGAAGAAAAGUUUUUGAGUGUUUCUCCGUGAUUCGAGCAUGCGCAGUAAAAGCUGCCUGGCCAGUUUCUCUGGAUUACUUACCUGGAAGGUGCAUCAGUUUCGGUCAGUGGAGAGCGCGGAAAUAAUACCGCGAGACCGAAAAAAAAACAACAACACAAGCGGGUUUCACCGUCACGGAGCGAAAACCAAACCAAGAGUGAAUCGGGAUUUGUGGCGUUCAGCGUCUUUAAUGAAAUCAUCAUUACGCAGUGGAGAGACGCUGAAAACGUGUGUGCGCGCGCGCUGUUCUCUCCACGAUUAGUCGUCCUGCGUGACAAGUCCCUCGAUCCCGCUCUCUCUACAGGUCUGCGUCGCAACAGAUCGCUUUGCUGAUCCCGAGACUCGCCUGAUCGAGAUCUCCGUAAUCAUCUGGGGCAAAACACCUGGACCUCGGAUCCUUCGGCACGUCACUUCUACGCGGUUCGCCGCGCCACGCCGCGUCGCCCCGCUUUCUCUUUCACUUGAAAGAUGAUGGGCUUUCUCCGCAGGACGUUCAGUCUCCGCUCGCGGAGGCGCUUUCGGCCGUCCGACGAGCUCGACGGCGCCGGACGAGGCGUGAACCAGGCGCUACAGGCGCACCAGCAGCAGAUGCCCAUGCCCCCCGUGGUGACCGGAGGCACCGUAGUGCACAUACCCGCCGCGGGUAAUAGUAAAGCGGCCAUCACGUGCAAGGUUCUGCUGCUGGACGGCUCAGAUGUCAAUGUUGAGUUACCGAAACAUGCAAAAGGACAGGACCUGUUUGAUCAAAUCAUGUAUCAUUUGGACCUUGUGGAGGCUGAUUAUUUUGGACUGCAGUUCAUGGACCCAGAGCAGGUUGUGCACUGGCUGGAUGCUGGCAAACCCAUAAAAAAGCAGAUUAGAUACGGUCCACCAUACAGGCUGUUUUUCAGAGUGAAGUUCUACUCCUCAGAACCCAACAACCUUCAUGAGGAGUUCACGAGGUACCUCUUUGUGCUGCAGCUCAGACAAGACAUUCUGUCUGGCAAAUUAAAGUGUCCAUAUGAUGUAUCUGUGGAUCUUGGGGCUUAUUGCCUACAGAGUGAGUUGGGAGACUGCGACCCGUUGGAACACACAACACUGUUGGUUUCAGAGUUUCGUUUCUCACCUAAUCAGUCGGAGAUCAUGGAGGCGGACAUUUACCGCAAAUGGGCAGAGUGCAGGGGAACGAGUCCAUCACAGGCUGAGCUGAACUUUCUAAAUAAGUGUAAGUGGCUGGAGAUGUAUGGAGUGGACAUGCACUUUGUGAAGGGUCGUGAUGGGGGGGAUUAUGCUCUGGGUCUUACGCCAACAGGAAUUCUUGUGUUUGAAAGGUCGAAUAAAAUUGGCCUCUUUUUUUGGCCCAAAAUUACACGUCUAGACUUCAAGAAGAGCAGGCUGACGUUAAUGGUGGUGGAAGAUGAUGAACAGGGUCGGGAACAGGAGCAUACGUUUGUCUUUCAGCUCUCCAGCUCAACAGUGUGCAAGCAACUUUGGAAGUCUGCUGUCGAGAGCCAUGCGUUCUUCCGCCUCAGACAGUCGACUCAGAACAAAGCGAGUCGCAAUGACUUCACACGUCUCGGCUCACGCUUCCGCUUCAGUGGAAGGACCGAGUAUCAGGCGGCUCACUCAGGCAGGAUCAGAAGGGCGAGCACUUUUGAGAGACGACCGAGCAAAAGAUAUCCAUCCAGAACCCAAUCACUAGGCAAAGCCAUUACCCCAGCAAAACAUCACCAUCCAAGUGCCCAGCCCAGUCCUGAUCACAGCUUAAAACCGUAUAAGCACAACAUUCCAAUUGGUCAGGAGCCAUGGUCCAGAACACACCCACACAGUUUGACCACACCUCUUUAUAUCCAGUCUACGGAAAUGGUACCGAAUCCACCACCUCACAGUUUCCCACUGAGCAGCGCAGAUACCCAAAGGUUCAGUGUGGAAGAGAAUGAGACUCUUCUUUCCGCAACACUUCACUACUGCUAUCGUUGGCAUGGAUACGAGAAACAGGAAGUUCCGUGCCUGACUUUAACCAAACCUAAGCCAUGGGACGUUUCUGCAGGGCACACAGAAGAUCUUGACCGAGCUUUACGGAGUCCAAAACAGUUACAGCCAGAUGCAGUUCCCUGGCCAACACUACACAUCAACAUUGAUACAGCAGAAGAAAAGCUCCUGUCAGAGAAAAGCCUCCCUUCUUCUCCAGCUGGCAUACAGGAUCAGCACAAAAGCAAUAUUCUCAGACAUUCGAUGCACAGCGAGAAUGCGAAUUCAAAAGGGAAUUGUUCCAGCGGAGACCAGAACAACAGAAUCCCCAGCUCCUCUCAGGAUUCUGUCUCCAGCAGCGCGACCAUGGAAAGAGCGCGAGUGGAGCGCCGCAAACGCCUUGUUAGGCAGUUCAGCUUUAACCAUAGUGAUGAAGAUGACCUCCCAGACGCUCUUGCAGCCAUAUCUUCUGAGAGCCAAAUGGGAAAAUCAACAUCGAACAGCUCAUUGGACAAACAGGUCCAGCCACCAAUCUACCCUCCGCAAAAAGUCUCACCGCUGGAACACGGCAACAAAUCUCCGUUCUAUAAAGGCAAAGAAGAUCUGAGGAUGGAUAGAGAAAAACUGAUGAGAGCAUUACUAAUGACAGAGCUCUGAGAGACAUUCAUGUUUAUAAUUGGUUGCACUGUAGUCAUUUUCGACAUCCACCUCAUAUAAAGUCUAUUUUAAGUCUAUUGUAAAAUUCACUCGUACAACACAUAUGUACAAAUUCAUCUAUAACGUAUUAUGUUAUUCAAAAUUGUUUCUUCAAUGCACUUGUCCUCUACCAACAUCUUUUAAAGGGUACUUUGUUUAAUCCUCACGCUUGUUUAGAGCAUAUUGUAUGUGAUUUAUUGUAAAUAACACAUUGCACAUGCCUACUGUACAUACACUGUAAAAAAAAUCUUUCACACUCAUUUGUUUUGUAACAUUUUGAGGAAAUGCUUUGCACAUACACUAUACAGUACUUUAAAUGAUUUUCAUCGCUACAGUAUCUCAAUAUAAUAAACAAAUACAGAAUUACUAAAUGAAUUCUUUCUGGAGAUUCAGAUCUAAUUCUUGACUAAAUGGAUGAUUACUUUUUGGAUAUGAAGACAGAUGCAGAUUUGGUGAGGAUAAAAUGUAAUGAAAAUGAGAAUAUAUAUUGAGCAUUUUAAGAAACGAUCCAAUGAAAAUGAUUUUCGGUUAAUGUCAUAAAUAACUACGACCACUUUUUUCCUUUUUUUACUGCAUACUAUUGGUUUUUUUUUUUUUUUUUUUUUUUUGCCCUCAGGUAUAAACAUGACCUUGCAGAUCUUGUCUGAUCUUGUCUCUGUGUGACUGAUAAAACAACAAGCAUUUUAAAAUAACAUCACAACCACAAUCAUGACAGGUUUCCCGGAAGUAUGGAUUCGUUGGGCAUCAGCUGUUCGAUGCUCUGAUUGCUGCAAAUGGUCUCACAUUGAAACAUAAAAGCAAUAUCCCCAAAACAGUAUAUUCCUAAGUGUCACCCUUUCUUCAGUGGAUGAGCUCAAUGAGAUACUAUAGAUUACUACAUACAAACUGCUGCUAUCAACACACUUAGUACCGUAUACAGUUCUGUGCUCUGUAUAUGAAAUGAAAUAAAUCGCACUGGUGUCAUGCAGAAGCAGGCAGGUUCCCUUUAGAGUCUGGUUCCUUAAACUUUCUUCCUCAUGUUCUCAUCAUUUUUUUCUUACCGCUGUCACUUCUGAAUUUCUGUAAAGCUUUGCUUUGUAACACUGUCCAUUGUUGAAAAUGCAGUAUGUGUUGAGUUGACUUGAAGUGAAGAUGAAAUCCUGUUUUAAAAGAAAAAUAGAACUUCCAAACAAGCAGACGUUAUAUAAGGAAAAUCACUUGAUGCCCACUGUAAUAUGUAGUGGAUUGUUGAUGAUUUGAGGCUGUUUGGUGGCUUUGGGUUCAGAGGCUCUUAUGAACAUGUACAUAGUCAAUAAUCACAGAAGGGAAAAUAUCAGUUAAAUUAAUUAUAAUUAUAAUGACCAUUUCAGUCUCACUGAUAACCUGUGGGUUAAAUUAAAGAGGCAGGAAAUGAUCCAAAAUCUCCCUACAAUUAUUUCCAAUCUUGUUAAGGUAUGGGUUCCAGGGUGCGACUCAGUGCUGUGAUUUUUUUUAAGGGUCAAAUUGGGCAAAUGUUUCAAUAAAAAAAAGUUUAUCAUAUUUAUCCUCGUUAAAGGUUUCAAAUGAUGUUAAUGCCAUAACUGAGAAAACUGAUCUCUACAGUGAAAUGAAAGUGCAAGUAUUAAAGUCUCAACCAAUUAGAAAUACACACUAAAACAUUAAUGUUCUGGCAGCCCACUAGAUGGCAAUUAUGUGCUUUAUUAGUGGUUUGCUGUGAUGCAGGAAUCAGAUGGGAAAUAAGUGCUCCUUUAAAUCUACUUGAGCAUAUUGCAUUUUGAUAAACAACAUAUCAAGUGUUAAAGAAAUGAAAUCAACAAAGACAAAAAGAGCUGUUAACUUUGUAUUUAUUUUUUGUCAUUUUAAGUUAACAUAAAAUACCAAAAUAAAAUAACACUUUCUCCAUAAAAAUGCUAGCCAAACAAAUAUCCGACAUCUGAUAUGGCAUAAAUUGAGAUUUUCCUCUUAAAAUUAAGUAGUGCUUUUUGUACUACUUCCUGUUGGCACGUCUGGAAAGAAACUCAAUGGAGCUAAAUCUUUCAAAUCGUUUUUAGAGAACAAUAUUUGAAACCUACAUGUUAUAAAAGUAUCGUUUUUCUCAAAAAUGUACUAAAAAAAAAAGCAGUGAGUACAAGCUGUGGUAAUCAAGGCCAAUAAAAAAAAGAUGCCUGAGCACUACAGGCAUACAAUUCAAAUCAUGACAUGCACUAACAAAAAUGAUCGUUUGAAAUACAUGCGUGUAUCUCUGUUCUGUUGGGCCCAAAUCUCUCGUUGAGCACACACAACAUACAUACAUACACACACACAAUGAUUAUUGCACUCACUCACGCACACGCUCUUAUAAAAACAUCAAUAGAUUUACAUCAAUUAAAACUAAUGGUAACAAGUGUUUUUCAAAUGUUUGAGGAUGACACUUGCAUAUUUAAAUGAUGAGACACAACAGCCACACACGCAACUCAACACACAUUUUGAGUACAGUAAGUACUGGUUGUUCCUGUUUCUGACCCUGAACGGUAUUUUUUUUUUUUGGCGAAAUGAUUAAAGCAAACUUCUGGGAGCGACGACACCUGUGCUCCAAACCUACUGCACUCUGCCACGCAAGGAUGUGGCGUAUCUUGUAAACAUUUCAUGUUACAUAGCUCUUUGAACUUCAUCAUGGAAGGUUCAAAAAAAAAGGAAGAGGAAAAAAAAUAAAAUAAAAAUUUAAAAAAAGCAGAGUCAAGCUUCAGUACA